GGUGGGACCCACUGACCCUGCGACUGAGAAACUCUGGACCCUGUCCUCGGAACGCACAGGAAAUCCGCGAAUCCGGAACAAGACCGGAGCCGGUUCUCUCGCAGCCGCCGAUCCCCAAACGCCGCCUCCAGCCACCCUCUCGCCGGCGACGAUCCGAGUGCAUUAUUGAAGGAUCAACCUCUCCGAGGUAGGCGUGCUAUCCAUUGUGGUUCAGAUGAUUCAAGAAAUAUUGAUCUAGUUGGAAUUAUUGUUUUCAACAUAAGGCAGAUAGGGAAGAUGUACGUGUUUGGUGGUUGCAGCACAAAGAGGAAAAAGAACAGUUUUGUUGCCCCCACCGUAGUUUUUGCUCCUUUGCAGCCUGUGACAACCGUAAAUGUUGGUGCCCAUCCACCAGCAGUACAACCAUUACUGCAUAUGUGGCCAAGUCCACUGGUCAUAUUGUCUCAGGCUACUCCAUGGGCUGCACAACCACCUAAUUCAUCUAUAUCAGAACUUCCUUCUGUGCAUAUUGUUAGUCAAAAGGGAACAAUGAGUGACAUGGCAAGUGCUGAUGCUACAACAUUGGGAGGUAGCAUGAAAUGGUUACCUAGGGUUGAUAUGUUGUUUGACAGUGAAAGUGAUGCAUAUGAGUUCUAUAAUACAUAUGCUGAGAAUGAAGGUUUUAUUGUCCGAAGAUCAUCGUCAACAGUAUCAGCGAAGAAUAUUAUCACUAAGAGGACAUUCGUGUGCUCAAGAGAAGGCUUUCGAGAAAAGAAAAAAGGAGAGAGAGAGGUUAAGUGCCCACGAGCAGUAACCAGAAUUGGUUGCCCAGCAUGCAUGACCAUCAGGCUCACACCUACUGGGAAAUAUCGUGUGACAGAAUUCGUACCAAACCACAACCAUCAACUCGCAACAGUGGCCACCUUUGAUAAAUUGAGGGCCAAGAAGUUGAGACGCAAUGCUCGAGUAGCAAGAGCCGGCUUGGUCGAUGAUACAGUGAGAAUACCUGAGUUUGAAACUGAAGAUGAGGCCUAUGAAUUCUACAGUGCAUAUGCUGGAAGGAUGGGAUUUCGUGUUCGAAAAACAAGUGCGACAGUCACCACUGAAAAUGUAAUGACUAGAAGGAUGUUUGUUUGCUCAAGAGAAGGAUUCCGUGAGCAGAAAAAAGGAGAAAAGAGAGUUAGGAAACCACGAAAAGAAUUUAGAACUGGUUGUCCUGCAUGUAUGGUUAUUAGAAGAACAUCUACAGGCAAGUAUCGAGUAAGUGAGUUUGUUACAUUUCAUAACCAUCAGCUAGAAUCUUCUUUAUCUACUGAUAUCUUGACAACUGAGACUGCAGAAAAUGGUUCAGAUCAUGUUUCGGACAUGGCCAAUGAAUCUGCAGAUGAUGAUGUUCCCAGUCAAGUCAUAAAUCAUCAACAUGGCACCUUGCUUCCUCUAGAUAAUAGAAGUUACCUACAUUCCAAGCGGAUGAAGGCUAUUCAAGUAGGUGAUGCAGGGGCUACAUUGGAAUAUCUACAAAAGAUGCAAGAAGAUAACCCAUCAUUCUUCUAUGCAAUACAAGUUGACAAGUUUGAUAAUUUAACCAACUUCUUCUGGGCGGAUGCGAAGUCCAUGAUGGACUUCUGUUACUUUGGUGAUGUCAUAUGCUUUGACACAACCUACAAGGUGCUUGGUUAUGGUAGGCCAUUUGCAUUAUUUACUGGUGUUAAUCACCAUAAACAGACCGUUAUAUUUGGUGCUGCUUUGCUUUAUGAUGAAAGCACAGAAUCUUUAAAGUGGUUGUUUGAGAGUUUCAAAACAGCAAUGAGCGGAAAACAGCCCAAGACAAUUUUGACAGAUCGUUCUCCAGUGAUUAGUGAGGCAAUAACUGCAGUUUUUCCAGGUACAAACCAUCGCUUCUGCGUUUGGCAUAUCUACACAGAUGCUAUUGUGCAACUUAGUCAAAUAUUCCAUGGAUCAAGAACUUUGGCAUGUGAUUUCAGCAGAUGCCUAUUUGAUUGUGAAGAUGAGGAAGAGUUCUUAAAAGAAUGGGAAACAAUGUGUGAGAAGUAUGAUCUCAAAGACAAUAAAUGGGUGGCUAAGCUAUUUGAGGAAAGAGAGAAAUGGGCAAUGGUAUAUGGACGUGAAACAUUUUAUGCAGAUAUGAAAAGUGUCCAACAGAAGGAGAGCAUAAGCACUGAGCUAAAGAAAUAUUUAGGCAAUGAAAAAGAACUUCCGAGCUUUUUUGAACAUUACGAGAGAAUAUUAUCCGAGAGACGGCAUGCUGAACUACAAGAUGAUUUUGAUGCUAAUCAGAGUACUCAAAAGCCACCUUCUAUGCGAAUGCUGAGGCAAGCUGCAAAUGCUUACACUCCAGCUGCAUAUAGAAUGUUUGAGAGGGAAUUUGAAUUGUACAUGGAUUGUAUUUUGCUCAGUUGCAAUGAAUUUGGGACAUUAUCUGAAUACAAGGUCAUGGUUGAGGAGAAACCUAAAGAUCAUGUUGUGAAAUGUGAUUCUUUAGAUAGUUCUAUGUCUUGCA